GUUUACAGGAGGAGGACUCAUAUUUCGGUUGCACGCUGUCUGUAAUCACCCUUAAUACGUCCAUGGUAAUCCUCCGUCGGGGGAGUUUUCGCUACCUUGUUGACCAGUUUUGGCGUGAGUUUUGGUCAUGUUUCGGAAUGUUUUCGGUAGAUUGUUAACGGAACCGAUCCGUGUGCACCGCUAUUUGAAGAAUGCACCUUUAAUACAGAGGGCAACAGCCGACUCUGUCCCGGCCAGGAGCUUCUCGGACGUGAAGGACGAAGUGCAGCAGCAGCCUUUUGACACCUCCCUGCUUGAGUUCCUGGUGUGUCCGCUGUCCAAGAAGCCGCUGAGAUACGAGGCUGAGACCAGCGAGCUCAUCAACGAGGAGCUGGGCAUCGCCUAUCCCGUAGUUAACGGCAUCCCCAACAUGAUCCCCCAGGAAGCCAGACUCCUGCAGAAAGACGCAGACGCCUCAACCUCGCCAACACAGGAGUAAAAACUCGGGUCACCACCUUCGGCUCGCCACCCAAGCAAC